GUCUUCCAGCUUGUUUACGACAGAAUAUUUCCACUUCAUAUGGAGGGGGGAAGGGGGGGGGGACGAGAGGCAGAAUUAGUUUUGAUUUGUCUUUUGCCAGUGUACAUGAGCAAAUUAUUUCUGUCUCUGGACUAAAAUAUAAGGACACAAAAUGACAGCGAAAUAUUUGACAUGGAAGCAACCACGGUAUGUUACCACAUUAUCUUGCACUAUGAAUUGAUUCUAUUUUUAAUAAAAGAAUCUAUGUGUUUUUUUUUAUUUAUCUGUUAUUAUUAUUCUGAUAAAUUAACACUGAGCAGAAAAAUAUAGAGUUUUAUUUUAUCAUAAAAAUUGUAACACUAAUUUACCUUAGGCAUUUAUGCAGUAUUCUCUUUAUAUAUGUCCAAGACUCACAGGCAUAGGAUGUGUGGAGGUGUAUGUGUGUGGGGGGUGGGGGGACGACGGUCCACAAAGGUGGCAUUUUUCCAUAUUUUUGUCAAGCUACAGAGCUUUUUCCCAGGGGUCGGGGGUGGGGAGGGAACCAUCCUUACCUACGCCACUGCCAAGUCUUCAAAACUAUCAGCACCAAGAAAAUCCUUACCAACAUCCAUGGGCGCCGGCACCAUGGGUCAAGGUGGGUCACAUGAACUGGAAAAGGAUACAUUAAUACUAAAAAAAAUAUUAGCAUUUGCACUUUGUCCCUGUGAAUAUAAAAUAGUUUGUCACAAAUGACAGAAGAAAUAGUUUGAUGAUGAUGGGUGUAAGACAUGGUCAAACUUAACAGCUGUGUCCGCAUCAACCACUUUGACAAGAGUGGACCAACAAGUUCAAGAGCUAACCAAAAGUAGUGACCUGGCCAUUUCACACUCUCAGGAGUUUGAAGCUGCUGCUAGUGGUUCUCAGAGCUGCGAUUCGUCACCAUCAGCACCACUCAGAUUUGAAACUGAUAUAGCAACAUAUAAUAAUUGAGACUGUUAGAUGGCAAUCAAUUAUUUCUAUUGGGGUCGACGUAUUCAGUCACAAUCUCAACUGUCAGAUGUUUUAAAAUAUUGUUUACUCACAAACCCUUGUACCGGCCAGUAGAUAGUUACAAUUUCACGGAGGAUAGACCGGUCCAAAACGUAGUCUUUGGUAUACCUGGCUGGAUCAGUUCUCCUCGGCUUGACUAUUAUAGUUGUCAUAAAGGUCCAGUAGAAUAUUUUGUGUCGUUUUCCUACACCCCAUUCAUCACGGGUACCAAGUGGAGUUUAUAGUAACAUCUAUCAUUGAGGACAAUGACUUUCCUCAAUGUGCUCGUAAUCACGUGGAAAGUGAGUGGCACAAAGGCGUUCAGCAGGAUGCAUCAGCAUUCUUGAGAUCAGCAUUCUUGAGAUCAGCAGUCUUGAGAUCAGCAUUCUUGAGAUCAGCAUUCUUGAGAUCAGCAUUCUUGAGAUCAGCAGUCUUGAGAUCAGCAGUCUUGAGAUCAGCAUUCUUGAGAUCAGCAUUCUUGAGAUCACAUUUCAAUCAAUGUGGUCUGGACAAGAAAAAAAAAAUUACUUGGACAAGGAUAUGAUGGCUGUUCCAUGAUGGCAGGGAAAAAAAAGGCGUUGUUCAGGCUAAAGUACUCAAGAUUUUACCAAAAGCAGCUUUUGCUCCUUGCACUGCGCAUCAGCUCAAUCUGGUGGUUAAUGAUUUGAAUUAAUUUUUUCAAGUACGCAAUGCCAUUGGUACAAUCAAAGACUUCAUUAAGUUAUUACAAGAAAUGAUAAAGCGAAGGUCGUUUUUGCCUAAAGUUCCAUUGGUCUGUGAAACUCGAUGGUCCGCAAACUAUAAAAGCAUUCUCAUUUUCAGUGAGAAUUUCGAGGUGAUACGCAAUCAAUUGCACAAUCUGGCAACACAUGACAUUGGUCAAACGCGACAAGAUGCUUACCAGCUAAUGUGUUCAUGUUCUUCGCCUAUAUUUCUCGAUGUCUUGUGAUUAUCAUCUCAUACUCAGCGAUACUGGUACAUAGGAGCCAGGAUGAUCAAUUCAUUGAUCAAAAUAAAGAAGAAGAAGAAGAAGCUCAGUCAUUACAAGCCAUACAGCUGGAUUUGUUAAGUGUACAUAGACACAUUUGUAAAGUAACGGAGAUUUUCCCUGAACAUCGCCUGAAUGUUGAAACUCAGUUUAAGAAAAAUAUUUGUUGAAAAAGUCUUGUCUCUUGCAACUUUAGUUACCAUUAAGAUUAAAAGCCCUCGUGUCUGUGGACUUGGCUCUUGCAGCUUUAGUUAAAAUUGAGAUGAAGAACCCUAGUAUCUGUGGACUUGGAUCGGGCAGCUUUAUUUAAUAAUGAUAUGAAGAGCCCUCGUAUCUCUGUAUCAACUCAAAUGGCAAGAAGGACGAUCCGACUUUAAAAAAAAUACUUCUUCAGACAAACAAUAUUUUUUCCUUACUUCUAUAUUAUCAUUUCUGACCAAGCGUUGCUCUGGAGACAACAGUCCACAGUUCCACCUAUUCAGACUUCAGCCUGCUAUCAUGACAAGUCUUAGCAGUGUCGAGUUUAACAAGGGCGUUGAUAUAAUUUCUAGUUUGUACUCAUUUGCCAACGUCCAGCCUGACGCAAUCAACUGGCUUGAAUUUUGGAGCAUGCAGCAACAAUUGCAUAAUAUUAAAAAUGACUUGCAGCUUAUCGACUUGAUGCCAAGUACAAACUUUUCACCAAGCUAUUCUCAUUGCAUGCACUUUACCAACAGUAACAAGCACCGUGGAGCGUUCCUUUAGUACCCUCAUACGAGUCAAAACUUGGCUUCGUUCGAAAACGUUUUUCAGGGUUGCGUUUGUUCAGUGGACAUCAUUUAAGUGUGAACAGAAGUAAGGCAGAGUCUAUGCAGAAAUUAAUUGAAAAACAUGGAAAGGACAAACGCCGAGUUCAAGUCCUUUUCAGAGAUUGAAAUGAAAGAAUAGCAAGUAAUUUGUGGGCCGAUUAGUUGUAUAGUUUAAAUUAUAAGCUUAAUCAUUUAUGUUAAGGAAGAACUUUUUUUUUUCAUAAUGACUUUUUUAUGUUUGCAAAAAAAAAUCUCUAAUUUAAAAAGUAGGCUACUAUUAAUACACAGUCCUACGCUCUUUAGCUUUCAGUUAAAUGUUUAUAUUAUGAAAAAGAAUAUCCGAAGUUUGUUAACCCCCCCCCCCACACACACACACUCCGGGAAAAUUUUUGCAGGCGCCCAUGCCCACAUCCAGUUUAAUCUUUGGCAUAAUAUGUAAUUCGUCAUAUUGCCGUAAUGUGUACUUCUUCAUUUUGCAAUCUGAUCAUUUAAAACAAUUAACAUAAAUUCUCAUUCCAAUGGAAUUAUACUAUUAAGUUCAAAAUGUGUGUCCUAGAUAUCAACGGCCGAAAAUGGCAGUUUCUCCCUUAUCCACCUCAGCCUUGCACCACAUCCCAACCCUUUCUCCUAUACGCGAGUGUAUACAACUUUUACUGGUAACAAAAAUUAUUGCCAACCAAUUUUCAGCCUUAAGGUUUUUAAGAAUUUCAGUGCGAAAUUGAACUUGGGAAAAUAAUAAUUAAUAUUGAAGUUUGUCUGAGAAAUAGAAUAAUGUAACUGAACAUAAAAUGCUAUUGGCUUUGAACAUUGACUGCUGGGUUUGAACAUUGACUGCUGGCUUUGAACAUUGACUGCUGGCUUUGAACAUUGACUGCUGGGUUUGAACAUUGACUGCUGGCUUUGAACAUUGACUGCUGGCUUUGAACAUUGACUGCUGGGUUUGAACAUUGACUGCUGGCUUUGAACAUUGACUGCUGGGUUUGAAAACGAACAGAUUACGGGUGUGAGAAUUAACAAAAUGUACCUGGUUUGAACUCUAACAACAGAUUUAUGGGUUUAAGAAGAGGACAAGAAGUGGUUUUUUAUCAGUGCUCAUAAUUCAAAAACGAAAAUCCCAUGCACGUUAGGUUAGAGAAGCGGUUCUCAACCUGUCGGUCGCAUCCCCUUUGGGGGGCCGGACGACCCUGACACAGGGGUGCGCUUAAGACCAUCGGAAAAACACAUUUUUAAUUAAAUGGCAACGACAAUAAUUUUAGGGUUGGGUUUCACCACAGCAUGAGGAACUGUAUUAAAGGGUCGCAGCAUUGGGAAGGUUGAGAGACACUAAAUUAGAGGAACAAAUGAGACGUUGUCAAGUCUAGCGUUAAAACGAAAGGAAAUGUUGCUCUUGUCGUGACAGUUCUAUUUCUUCGAUGCGAUGUUUACUAACUGGUAGACAACUUUUGUAACCCUUCGCUUUGUUAACUGUACAGCAGUGUGAAUUUCUGGGUCCAUUAGCUAUGGUCCAUUAAUGUGAUAUCCAUAGUAUUUUAGCACGUCUCCACUCCUUUAGUUUAGCCAUAUAUUUUCCAAAGUAAAAAACCUAAUAAACAAGACAUUGUGUACACGAACUAAUUAUUUGCGGUACAAUGACUAUGUUAUUUCAUGUCAUUGAAGCUGCCACGACCAUUGAACUCGAAUUGUAAUUUGUAUUGAGAUUUGUGUUACAGUAAAUAAAUUAGAUGAGGUGACAUGCGGUGCAUAUUAAGAUUUAGAAAAAACAAGUCUUAAAAAAAAAAAAAAAAAAAAAAAAUUUAAAAAAAAAAAAAAAAAAAAAAAAAUAUCAACACUCUAGAAGUUGCAUUGCCAGAGAACAUGGACCGAUUGGUAGGUCAAUAAGCUUUCUUUCCAACGUGGGGCUUUAUAUAGUUUCAUUGUUUUUAUAAUAUAGUAGUUACUAUCCUAGUGUCUCAUUUUUAUUUUACUUAGUUUACAUCUUUUUAAUAAUUGUAAAACGCUUUUUAAUAUGCACUAUAUAAAAAUGCCUAAAUAAAUAAAUAAAUAUCUAUCUCUUUUGUAAUGAGUGUGAUUAAAGACAAAACAUUAGUGGUCAUUUCUUAGCCUUGAAUUGUUCACUCGUGUUGUUAGUUUGGAUUUAAAAGACAGAGGACAGCACACGAUUUCAACAGAGUUGGUUUCUCUCCCACUGGUACAUCUCCAUCUCCCCUGUCACUUUCUAACAUAAGACCAGUAAAACGCAUAACAUGAUUUUUUUGUUUUGUUUUGUUUUGUUGCCCAUAUCCAGAGGCGGAUCAUCGUAAACAUAAGGGUGCUGGUGAUAAGUAAACUUUUUUUUUUUUAGUAUUCAUUCAUGUUAAGGAAACAGACAACUUCAGUUUUUUUGUUUGUUUUUUUUUGUUUGUUUUUUUGUGUGUGUUGAAAGAAUAAAAUAUAAUUUCUCAAUUGAACCUUAUUUUGAGGACAGUCAUGUUAUGUGGUCUGUCACUCCAUGACGACCCUACACUAAUAUUGUGGUUCUGUUUGACCAUACCAUUUAGUAUUUUGAUUGUGCAGGUUUUCGGAGGUAUACAGAGUCGUAAACUGGCAAAGUACAUUGAACGGUUAUGUCAUCUUCAUUUACGCCCAAUGGGUUUAGUGGUCCAUAAAUGUCUGUCAGAAAGAAGGCUAUGUCACCUGUACCAGCCAGUUAGUUGGAAGUGUAUAUUACUUGUACCAGCCAGCUAAUUGGAAGUGUCUAUUACCCUAUCAAGCAGUUAAUUAUGAGUUUGACAAAAACGAAAAUGCUAAUAUUUUUAAAACACACGCUGCUGAGAUACACAAUGGCCUGUAUGGCCUGUGAGCGUAGAUUGAAGAUUGUAUUUUAAAACACCAAGUAGACAGAUCAGUGUGCCAAAAUUGAGAAAACCGAGUACGGAGUUUGGAUAGCAAGGUUCCAAGCACACCUUCCAAUUCAAAGUGUACUCUUGCAUUGAUACAUCGCAAAAAAAACUGUUAUAAAUUAAGAAGUGAGACCCUAGCCUCCCUCCCCCCCUUUUUUCUGAGUUACACCACUGUAAUGAAAAGAAUCUUGACUAAAAUUAGCAUGGCGUGACAGUGACAGCUAACCAGCAUUGCGAGUCAAGUGUGUCUCAGUGACGUGACAGUGUCAAGUGCAGAUGGUCGUAAGAUAAAUUAGACGCAGUUGCGUCUUUAAAAAUCUAUUUUUUAGGUGGGGGGGGGGGGCUUUUUGCACAAAUAGUUUAAGCUAAAUAAUUAAUUUUAAACAUUGUGUAACUUGGGAAAGCAAUGUAAGGCAGGUAGGUAAGAGAUGUUGUUAGGAAAUGUUUACCAUAUUAACAUAUCUGAGUAGGUCAAGAAAAGUUAUAAGGUUUCAUCUUUCUUGUCCUUUAGGAACUGUUUACAUUGUUUAUUACGUUUCUUCGUGAGUCUGGUCGACUUGCCUUAGAGGUGCCAUGAGUUCUAUGGUUUUGGGGAAUGAGAUUAUAUUACAGUGACGUUUCUCUUGAGCGUAAAUAUCUGAAAGCAGAAUAUUCAGAGUGAUUGCCCCGCCAUGAUCUUUUCCAUGUCAUAUUGUUAUUGUGUAUUGAAAUCUACAUUUUUGUUUUCAUUUACAGCAAGGUGGUCAAUGCCAACAUAAUGCAGGAAGUUCUGGAUAAGGUGGAUGCCUGUCAGCUAAAGGAUUGGAACACGUCAUUGAAGCCACGGCUUCACAAGGAGAGUGAGUUUGAUGUGGCGCAGCGUAGCACCUAUUUGCGCGUCGACCUGCAGGCUAUUUGGAAUAACAUUCAGAUACUAAAAUCUAAAUGUGCGAACCACACAAGUAAGCUCCCAUUAUCAAGUACAUAUUUGUUUAACAUAAAAUAAAACAGCAAUAUGGACAAUGUACAUAUAUGGCAUCCUUCUGUCUUCGCGAGACAACGAACUAGCUAUGUAGGUCUGCUUAUCGACGUGUGGCUUACUAGGCCGAUCCUGGAAUGACAAUCUCGACUGCAUUUCUAGCAGGAGAACAUUGAUUUCUGGUUAGAUAUGGCCUUCCGUAUUGUUCUUUUUGUUGCAGGGGCCUCGUUUCGCGCAUCUUCUACCUUUGUGACUACUUCAUACACUGCUGUUCGCCAUCUGGAACGUUGUUCAGCAAUGAUCUCCCAUUUGUUGAUAUCAAUGUUGGCUUCCUCAUGCUCCUUUUGCAAUGUACAGGCCUGUAGAUAAAUAUCGACUUGUCGCGUUUGUAAAAUAUCCCAAAGUCAACUAACUAGGACAACGAAUAUAUGAACAGACAAGCACAGAUGGAAAGACAAGCUUAGAUGAACAGACAAGCUUAGAUGAACGGACAAGCAUAGGUGAACAGACAAGCAUAGAUGGAAAUACCAGCUUAGAUGAACAGACAAGCUUAGAUGAACAGACAAGCAUAGAUGAACAGACAAGCAUAGAUGUACAGACAAGCAUAGAUGAACAGACAAGUAUAGAUGAACAGACAAGUAUAGAUGAACAGACAAGCAUCGAUGUACAAACAUGCAUAGAUGAACAGACAAGCUUAGAUGAACAGACAAGUAUAGAUGAACAGACAAGCAUAGAUGUACAGACAAGCUUAGAGGAACAGACAAGCUUAGAGGAACAGACAAGCUUAGAUGAACAGACAAGCUUAGAUGAACAGACAAGCUUACAUGAACAGACAAGCAUAGAUGAACAGACAAGCAUAGAUGAACAGACAAGCAUAGAUGAACAGACCAGUGGAAAAGAAACCGUGGAAGACCCAAAAAGACAACGCAAACGAAUUUAGAGUUUACGGUUUUCCACGAUAAAAGAAACCUGACCAUGCAGACGGCUCUCGAAAAGCGUCCACAGUGAUCGCUUCUGCAUGAACGUUUUUUAAAAAAAAUAUUUUGAUUUUAUAAUCAGCAAAUUUAUAAAUUUUGUUUCAGAAGUUAUUGCUGUGGUGAAGGGCAACGCGUAUGGACACGGGAGUGUUGGUGUGGCCCGGCAUUUAAGUCAGUGUGGCGUCACCCACUUUGCUGUAGCCACAUCACUGGAAGGGAAGGAACUGAGACAGAAUGGCGUGACAGGAUUCAUACAGGUUUUGGGUAACAAUGAGAUUAUUAUUAUUACAUUAAUGCUAGGUAAACUCUUGAACGGAAACGUCCUCAACUAAACACAAUGAAUGAUGUAAUGCAUCAAUGGAUAGAAGCACGCUAUCAGUGGAUAGAAGCACGCUGAAGUUAAACACACUAAGUUAUUUAGGCUCCGUUAUUUCCAAAUAAGAAAAAUGCGGUUACAUUAUGCGUACAUUCGGAGCAACCUUUAUUAAAUUUAUAUCAAAAUUUGUGUGGUUAGAAUAACCUGUCAAUUUAUAUCAAAAUUUAUGUGCUUAGAAUAACCUGUCAAUUUCUAAAUCAAAUUGAUGUGGUUAGAAUAAUUUGUCAAUUUAUAUCAAAAUUUAUGUGGUUAGAAUAACCUGUCAAUUUAUAGCAAAAUUUAUGUGGUUAGAAUAACCUGUCAAUUUAUAGCAAAAAUUAUGUGGUUAGAAUAACCUAUCAAUUUAUAUCGAAAAUAACAUUUUAAAAUAAUUUGGGGGACAUAUUUUAAGGACUUGGAAACGAGCACGUACAAACGGUUCGAAAGGACGUCCUAUGCUACAUACACACACUCACAGAGUCUACGUCUUGAAUAUUUAUGUAAGUGUCCCAACAUUUUUAAUGUGACAAAAUUAUUUACAAGUUAUAUUUUCGUGUAGGGGCCACACAUUCUAUAACUGGCAACGAGCCUCUAGAAGUUAGGCGACGGCCAUGCUCACCCAUGCACACAAACAACAACAUUUGUUUAAUAGAUUUUGAGGAGCCUUUUAACAUUAAAUAAAAUGUUAAGAUGUUAACAAACGUGCUAGGCAGAUGCAUUUAUACGUUGUAUUAACUGUGUUUUAUUGUGUCCCGCAGGAAGCUGUGUCACAGAAGAGAUGGACACCAUGUUAGAAGAAAAUCUAACCCCAACUGUCUCCGACGUCAAUUUCAUCAAAAUAUGGGCUGAAAAGAUAAAGACAAAACAUGAGGAAAAUAUCGACAGCUGCGAUCAAGUCUACCAAAAAGUAAGUAUCUUAAAAAAACAAAAAAAACUGUGCGUAAAGUACAGAUGUUGAGUUAAAGCGUUGAUGCUUUCAGUCCUAAUUGUAGAAGUUCAUCGGACAACAUCAUGAUGUUAUACAAUAUAUGUGAGGAGUUUAGUGUGUGCAUCUUCGGUUCUACAGAGAAAAUGUUUCUUGAUGGGAUGUUUCUUGAGGUGCAGUAAUAGGUCUGUGGUGGUAUGAUGCAGUAAUAGGUCCAUGAUGGGAUCGUGCAUAAUAGGUCCGUGAUGGGAUUGUGUAGUAAUAGGUCCGUGAUGGGAUGGUGCAAUAAUAGGUCCGUGAUGGGAUGAUGGAGGAAUAGGUCCGUAAUGGGAUGUUGCAGUAAACGGUCUGUGAUGGCAUGGUGUAUAAAUAGGUCCGUGAUGGGAUGGUGCAGUAAUAGGUGUGUGAUGGAAUGAUGAAGUUACAGAUCUAUUGGGGAUGGUUCAAUAAUACGUCCAUGUUUGAUGAAAUCAGCAUAAAUUAUGUCACAUAACAUUUGUGCAAAGUAUCAUUCACUUAAUUAAUUGAAAUUAUUUUGAACUUCAAAUGGAGCUAUGUGAAAUUGUUGAUAGCCUCCACACAAAAAAGCACACUGUAAUUAAAGACUCUCUUCCUUUUUCAACAUAAACACCAACCUUUAAGAACAAAGGACUGAAUGAAAUAUGAAUUGCGGGUUAAGUUCAUAGAAAAUAUUUAAGUAAGAUGUUCUCAUAUUUUUUAUUUGAUCAGUUUUGCGUGGUCGUGAAAGUUGACUCUGGAAUGUCCCGAAACGGCUGCCAGUGCGAGGACCUCCCUAAAUUAAUGAAGGUAAGACGCAUAACAAACGAGAGAGCUCACUACAGUAGACCCUCAAGUCACAGGAAUCUACAUAACAAACGAGAGAGCUCACUACAGUAGACCCUCAAGUCACAGGAAUCUACAUAACAAACGAGAGAGCUCACUACAGUAGACCCUCAAGUCACAGGAAUCUACAUAACAAACGAGAGAGCUCACUACAGUAGACCCUCAAGUCACAGGAAUCUACAUAACAAACGAGAGAGCUCACUACAGUAGACCCUCAAGUCACAGGAAUCUACAUAACAAACGAGAGAGCUCACUACAGUAGACCCUCAAGUCACAGGAAUCUCUCAGCUGCUUAGCGUGCAGCCUUGUGCUUGAACUGUUGUUUAAAGUUGUUUCGAUGGAGGAAUCUAUCAAAAGAAAUAACUGAAAUCGCAUUAUUGGCUUAACGUUAAUCAAGCACAGCUCCAUUAAUAUUUUUCAUGCAUAAAUCAGUGACCGUUAAACCAGUGGCGUAGCAAAUAAAGAAAAUGUUGCCGCCGCUGAUUUGAACUAAAUACGCAACAUGCAAAAUUCCAUUAUUUGAAUAGGUGAACGAUUUGUUUGCAGGAGUAUUAACAAAGCUUGAUAUACUUCCUUUGUAUGAUUCCAUAGCUAUAAAACUGUUUUAAGCUUACUACUUUAGAUUAUUAACAUGAAUGGUUUUUAUGUCCUAAACAUUACUGACAUAAUAUAUUAUUCGUCUCCCAUUUUUUUUUCUAAGGCCUGUGCAGAACAUAAAGUAGCGGUGCACAGUUUGAUGACCCACUUCGCCCAAGCCUGGGAUGACCCAGUAUUCACACAACAACAGCUGGCCACGUUUCUGGACGCCGUGCAGCCGUACAGGUAAGGCUUACUUACGGCUUGCCAUUUUAACAACCUCCAACAUUAUGGGCGUCAUUUCUUAAAAUAGUCAAAUAACAUGUUUACCUGACAAGGGCCGGCCCGACGGUUCCUGGCGCCCUGUGCAAGCUUAACUUUGGCGCCGCUUAUAAGUAUAAUCACUGCAAGGAAAAAAAAAACCUAGUUAUUCGGCAAUAAGUUUAUUACCUAUGUUGUUGUUUUUUUAAAACAAAUAAGGAAUUGUUCCCAACUAGUUUUUACCUUUAUUGAUUAAACUUAUAAGAGGCGCCAAAGAUAAACCUUUAAUAAACUUUCGCCCUGUGCGAAGCACCCGUUCGGCGCCCCCCUUCCCUGUCCCUGUAUGGCUCCGCUCUUUUUCUGAUUACGACGUACUUGUUCUGUUUUGCGCUUGCGAUUUUGCGCCCCGGAAAGCUUUUUGUUCCCCAUAUUCUUUCUGCUGAAAUAAUUGUAAGAAGGACAGGGAAAUACGGUAUUAAUACAUUAAUUUCCACGCCCUUUCGGUUGGUCCCAACCCGAGUGUUAGUAUCCAAAUUAAGAAUGCAACUUUCAUUGUAUGACAAGCGAUUGUACGAACAGUUAGAAUAUUGUUUCUCGACACCGGGCCCGAGGUUCACACAUCACUAUAAUAAACUAAGGGAAUUUUAUUAUUUGCUGGGCGCCCCUAUGGCCACGGCGCCCUGUGCGAAGGCAUGGUGUAGUGAGGCACAGGUCGCACACCCAAAAAGCCGACUCUGACCUGAUCGUAUAAAAAAUGUUAUUGAAAAAUGUUAUUAAAAUGUUAUUGAAAAAUGUUAUUAAAAAUGUUAUUGAAAAAUGUUAUUAAAAAUGUUAUUAAAAAAUGUUAUUAAAAAUGUUAUUGAAAAAUGUUAUUAAAAAUGUUAUUAAAAAAGGAAAGAAACAACUUAUCAGAAAGAUCUUAUUUUCACACUAAAAUAUUCACCCUGUAAUAUUUCAAAUGACCUCAUAAUAUAUUGGCAAUACCAAUAUAUAUAAUAUAUAUGAUUUAACAACACCAAUUAAAAAGUUCUUAUACUUGCACUUAAAAAUUUAAAAAAAAAAAUUUUUCUUAUGUUUUAAAAAGUUAAAAUUUUUGUGGGGUGUGCAGUGCUAAAAUCAAAAUUAUUUCUCAUUUCAGGAAAACUGGGGUCAAAGUUCAUGUAGCUAACUCAGCGGCUAUCAUCCGAGGAUUUGGUACACAUUUAGACUUUGUCCGGCCUGGAAUAGCCAUCUACGGACUACCACCAGGUGAUUAUAUCAACAUAAUCUGUCAGCUGCUGCAUGUCCAGCAGUAACGGGUAUAUAUUAUUUCAGCAAUUACCAAAUAAAACCACAGAAUGGUCGUGAGAAAGCGCAUUUAUUAUAAUGUAUAGCGGGACAAAGUUCAUCUUAACAACUCUGAUCGUGCACAAAACCACCUUAAAAAAAAAUAACAUAAGUUUUUUGGCCUUGUAACAAACAUUUUAUAGGUAGGAGUGCGUGGUAUUUGAUAUUAAAUUUUGUAUGCUUGUUUACAUAAUCCUAUCUACCUAUAAUUCCGAUUUCUAUCAUUUAAAAAAAAUAAAAGUUGACAAAGUUGCCUGUUGAAUCCAAAACAUUAAGCAAGGCUAAGGUUAAAGAAAGGGCACGGCGGAGGGUGGUAUUUCAACUUCUAUCAACAAUUACUGCGAUAUUGUUAGACAAUGCAUAUAUUUUCUGUACUUUAUUUCAGAUAGCUCCUUACAAUCUGCUUGCAUUGUCAAGUCCCUUGGAUUGAAACCAGCCCUGACCUGGGUGGCUAGGCCGAGUCUGGUCAAAACUCUAGAGGCCGGGAGGAGUGUUGGAUACGACCAGAUGUACAAGUGUGUAUCUAACGUCUGUAUUCUGUCUCAGAAAUCUUUGUCUAUUUAUUUAAUGUCAAAACUCUACCACGAGAUUUAGUUUUUUAAUGUAGAAUUUCUGUCUCGGGAAAUCAGUAAAAAAAAUACCAUCAUUUUCCCUUAGUAAUUUGCAAUCCGAUGGCUGGUACAUUUGUCAUUCUUAGAGGCGAAAACUUUGAACAUAUGAAAUAUUUCAACAUUUAAAAUUCUAUUUUACUACUUUGUUCAGUAAUUUUUUUUCUGCUUAGGUUACUCAAACCCGAAACGCUGGCAACGUUUAGCUUUGGAUACGCCGAUGGCUACAACCGACUUCUCUCCGGACGCGGCGUUCUCACAGAUACGAAAGGUGUUGUGCAUCUCUUUCUGUCCUUAACUUAUUCAAAUAUAAGCAAAGCAAACAUACUUUUGAUUUUGCUGGACUCCCUGUGACGUGCGACAAGUUCAGCAUAUUCUGUAAUUAAUUCGAGGUUAUGUUUGCUGUUGCCCGCCAUUUUAGGCGACCUACGUCUAUUAUUUAAGUACUGUCUUUAAAGUUUUAUUUUGAACCAAGAAUAACGAAUGAUUUUUUUCUUAAAAGUUGGAAAGCAAUAUCGAUUGUGCCUAUAUACGAAAAGCAAUACCAAUGGUACAUAUAUACGAAAAGCAACAUCAGUGGUACAUAUAUAUGAAAAGCAAUAUCGAUUGUGCCUAUAUACGAAAAGCUAUACCAAUGGUACAUAUAUACGAAAAGCAACACCAAUGGUACAUAUAUAUGAAAAGCAAUAUCGAUUGUGCCUAUAUACGAAAAGCUAUACCAAUGGUACAUAUAUAUGAAAAGCAAUAUCGAUUGUGCCUAUAUACGAAAAGCUAUACAAAUGGUACAUAUAUACGAAAAGCAACAUCAGUGGUACAUAUAUAUGAAAAGCAAUAUCGAUUGUGCCUAUAUACGAAAAGCUAUACCAAUGGUACAUAUAUACGAAAAGCAACACCAAUGGUACAUAUAUAUGAAAAGCAAUAUCGAUUGUGCCUAUAUACGAAAAGCAACAUCAGUGGUACAUAUAUAUGAAAAGCAAUAUCGAUUGUGCCUAUAUACGAAAAGCUAUACCAAUGGUACAUAUAUAUGAAAAGCAAUAUCGAUUGUGCCUAUGUAUGAAAAGCAAUACCAAUGGUACAUACAUACGAAAAGCAAUAACGAUUGUACCUAUAUAUAAAAAGCAAUAGCAAUGGUACAUAUAUAAGAAAAGCAAUACCAAUGGUACAUAUAUAUGAAAAGCAAUACUGAUUGUACAUAUAUUUGAAAAGCAAUACCAAUGUUACCCAUAUAUAAUACCAACUUAUAUUAAUUUAUGAACCAAAACAUGCUACUUUAACCUGUAAUAACUUUGGUACAGCUUCAUUAGUUGGUAGAUAUUCUUUGCGUAAUAUGUACAGUUUAAUAUAUGCAAUGUAAUAUCUACAGUCAUUACGUUUUUACUUCUGUAUUUCACAUUUUAGCAAAUCAGUACGAAGUCGUCGGACGUGUUUCUAUGGACGCCGUGACAGUAAUUGUAGACGAUAACGUAACGAGAGACACUGUGUUCCACGUCAUUACCGAUGACUACCAGUCACCAAACUGUGUAGCGAACAUGGCGGCCGUGUUGGGCACGAUUCCUUAUGAAGUUGCCACAAGUCUCGCUGCGAGGCUUCCACGGCUGUACGUCACCAACCAGCAAUGUGUGGGGAGGGGAACACAUUGAUAUUUACAUUUAAUAUUGCAUCAUUAUUGUUUUUUUGUUUUUUUAAAUUCAUUUUUGUACUUAAAGUUUUUAACGCAUUUAAUGUUGUAAAUACGGAGCUGAUUUGUAAAAUUAUAAAUACUGGAAUAACAAAUAUUAAAAAAAUGAAAAUAGAAUAGAGAAAUAUUUAUUUAAAACACGUAUGUAUUCCUACAUGUCUUAAUUUUUGUACGCAUUUUAGUCUUAAUUUUUGUACGAAUUUUAGUCUUAAUUUUUGUACGAAUUUUAGUCUUAAUUUUUGUACGCAUUUUAGUCUUAUUUUUUUAACGCAUUUUAAUCUUAAUUUUUGUAAGCAUUUUAGUCUUAAUUUUUUUUUACGUAUUUUAGUCUUAAUUUUUGUACGUAUUUUCGUCUUAAUUUAUGUACGUAUUUUAAACAGCUUGACAUUUAUUUGUGAACAUUUACAUUUAUUAAAAAAAAAAAAAGAAAACUAAGGCGUUUUAUUUUUAUGUCAUGACUUCCAAACGAGUUAGUGUUGAGGGCGUUGAGAGCGGAACUCUUCAAGAGCUACAAAUAGUAAUCUUAUAUGUUCCCGUAUACAUAUAUUCUCACCCUUUAGAGACAUAUACAAAUUUAAAGUAAUUUUAACCCACCACCCCCUAUGUUAAGGCCAUUUCUAAGAAAACCUAUUGGCGCAAUAAAACUUUUUGAAGUCAAAACA